AUGAAAACUCAUUCAAUUUCAACCCUUUCAUUCUCUCUUCUUCUCACAGUGUCAUGCACUUUGGCAACUUCUGCUGAUAGACAAGACAUGUUCCUUCAGUGUCUCACCUAUCAAUUCAAGAAUUACUCCUCCAUUUCAGAUUAUAUUUACACUCCUUUAAACUCAUCUUACACUUCCAUCCUCCAAUUCUCCAUUCAAAACAUCAGAUUGGCAUCGGAAACCACUCCCAAACCGCAAGUGAUCAUAACCCCAGAGCAUGAAUCCCAGAUCCCGUCUGUCGUACGUUGUGCCAGACAGAGUGGUCUGGAGAUCAGAACUCGAAGUGGUGGCCAUGACAUGGAGGGAUUGUCUUAUGUGUCACAAGUCUCUUUCGUGAUCAUUGAUUUGAUCAAUCUCAGUGACGUCACGGUCAACGUGGAGGAGAAAACUGCAUGGAUUGAAGCAGGUGUAACCACUGGUAUUGUAUACUACAAGAUUGCAGAAAAGAGCCCUACACUAGGGUUUCCUGGGGCUAUUUUCACUAAGGUAGGCGUCUGUGGGCACUUCAGUGGAGGAGGCUACGAAGCAAUGGUGCGAAAGCACGGCCUAGCUGCAGAUAACAUUGUUGAUGCCAGAAUAAUCGACGUUCAUGGAAGAAUCAUUGGCAGAAAAUCAAUGGGCGAGGAUCUAUUCCGGGCGAUUAGAGGUGGCGGAGCUGCCAAAACCGUCACUGUUUUCUCAAUCACGAGGAAUGCGGAAGAACAGAAUGGUAUUGAGCUCUGGCAUCGCUGGCAAUAUUUGGCGCCUCAAGCAGACAAAGAUCUGUUCGUCGGUGUCAUCGUGUUAAGGGUGAACAUGACUGUCCAAGUUAACUUCUUCUCAGUUUUUCAAGGCGGCCCCGACAGAUUAGUUUCGAACAUGCAAGAAUCUUCCCCGUGUCUCAGACAGCUCAAGACCAAGUCCGAUUAUGUCCGGAAGCAAGUUCCUUUAAACGUGAUCGAAGGCAUGGUGAGUAUGCUACGCGAACCGAAAGCAGAUGGGACUAUGUACUAUAUGGUUCCAUAUGGUGGAAGAAUGAAUGAAAUAUCAGAAUCAGCAACUCCGUUUCCUCACAGAGUCGGUGCACUCUACCAACUUGCUAGCUUGACUUACUGGCAAAACUCUGAGGCAGGAGAUCCGGACAGAUAUUACGAAUACAUGACUCCUUAUGUGUCAAGCUCGCCCAAGGAAGCAUACUACAACUACAGAGAUCUCGACAUCGGAGUGAAUAACCCUAAUGGGUAG